AAUCGUUCCCACACACUAUCACCCAAACAUACAGAAAUUACCUUUCCCUCGAAUUUCUUCGCAUUUCUCGACGUUUCAAGGGUCAUGAGUAAAAAAAAAACAAAACCCGUAAAAAUCUGAGGGGUCUUUUUUACCGGAUCGCCGAAAUUAAUGUGCGUAUUUCGGGUGGAUUAUUAUUAAAAUUGGUCCUUUUCGGUAGGAAAGAUUUUAAAUUCUAAACGAGGAUUUAGACAGAAGGAACGAUUAGCUUUUAAACUCUCCGUAGAGUGAGGAAAUUGCGCUUUAUUCGCCAUUUUCUGUUGGAGGAAAACUAGCGGAACGAAAAUAAUUUAUCAUGCACGAAUCUUUACAAUUAUACAAAGUUCUGUCGUCAGUACUUUUCCUGCACGCAACGGUGGUCAAACGCUUAUCCAAGUAAUAACAAUUCGUCAAUUUUCUAGUUUCUGAGGGAAAUCUAUAUAAAUGGGAAUUAAGCACUAAAUACUUCAGAAUUUGACCGACAAAAAGUCUCUUAAUAUAGUAUUUAAGCAUUUGUUUUGAUUUCGACAUCCAGAGUCGAGGAAAACACGACUUUAAACGCGUUGUCUAGACGUAUUUUGAAGACUAUCGUAGCGAAUAAAGCGCUAUUUCUCGCCGUGCGGCGAGUUUCCGAAUUAAUUUUUGCAUAAUUAUCUUACGAAAUCGCUACGUGGAAUGAGUUAUCGCUAAUCGGUCUCAAUAUAUGAGGUAUUUAAAGGUGGGUGAGGAGACAUGUCUUCGAACAAACAAAGCUGCAUUCAUACGAUUCGUGAUUUGCAGUUCGAAGUGGUCCAACUUGAAGACACUUACGACAUCGUCAGAGAAAUAGGCGAAGGCGAUUACGGUAAGGUGGUCUUGGCGCGUCAUCGUCCUACCAGAGCGGAAGUGGCACUGAAAGGGGUGCCGAAGUCCAUGACCACGUUCAGAGAUUUCUUGAUCGAGUUCCAUUACAGUUACUUCCUGUCCCCUCACCGCAGCAUCUUGGACACGUACGACGUGUCUUUCGAGACGAGCGAAUAUUAUUAUUUCGCCCAAGAAGUGGCACCGCACGGCGAUCUGCUGCAGGCCAUCGAAGAGAACGGAGGCAUGGAGGAGAAAGAUCUGAAAAUCGUAGUGAAACAAAUAUGCUCCGCUCUGGAAUUCAUGCACAGCAAAGAGCUAGUCCAUCGCGACAUGAGGGCGGAGAACGUGUUGCUCUUCACACCGGACUUUACGCGCGUUAAACUGACAGAUUUCGGUCUGACGAGAAGAGCGGGAACACUAGUCAAGAAGCGCACGAGAUCUCUUCCCACGUGUCCUCCAGAAAUUUGGGAAACCGUCCACUUAGAGGGUUAUCACGUGGAAGUGGGAUCCGACGUGUGGCAAAUGGCCAUGAUGAUAUUCAUAGCUCUGUCUUGCAAAUUUCCCUGGGACAAAGCGGACAUCACCGAUCCUCGGUUUACGGAAUUCGUCCAGUGGCAAAAGAGGAAAUCGACGAGAAUUCCCAAAGACUUUAAGAAAUUCAGUCAGAGAUUGCUGAGGAUGUUCAGAAGGAUGAUGGAUCCCAAACCUUCCAAGCGAUAUCCCAUUACGGAAGUUAACAAAUAUCUAAACGACAGGUGGUUGAUAGCCAGCAUCCAGAGAGGAGCCAUGAAAUUAGAGUAUCCGUCUUUGGAUCCACCUAAAGAACAGGAGGACGCUAAAGACGUUAAAGAACAGAGAGUACAAGAAUGGAUCGUCAGUUCGAAUUCUUAAAAAUACAAAAGAAAACUCUUUUAAGCACAAUAAUUGCACUCGACCGUUUGAAGAAACUGUCUCGACGCACAUAAAUCGAAAAAAAAAAUUCUAAAAUGCAAAAAAAAAACCGGCUCCGGCUUCUUAGCAGCUUUGUUUUUUUUCCUUGAAAUUCGUCUAAAAAAAUACAAAGUUGGGUUUUAAAAAAUUAUCACAGACGAAGGAUGCGGGUUGGCCUAUAAAUUCUUUUGUGUUUUAUUUCAAGUUUUAACAGAAGGAAACUGCUAGCCACGGAUACUUUUUGUGUAAACGUAAGAUUAUAUUUUUGAGCUCACACGACAAUCAUUGAUGAUUUCUCUUAAACAAUGGUGUGUAAAAGUUAACACCAAAUCAUCUUUAAUAAAAUUUUGAGUGUAUAUUUA